AAUCCUUGAUUUGACCUUAUAUGUACAUACAUAUUCUGACCUUGCAAGAACUAGUCUAAGUGGUUGUUUGGGAUUUUGGUGUAGUGCCAUUUUAAUCGUCUCAAUUGGAAGCAAUGAAUACCUCAACAACUAUCUACAGCCAGAUUACCAUAAUACUAGCAAAUACUUUUCUCCUCAAAGAUUUGCUGGAUUGCUGGUGCAUAAAUUAUCUCAACAUUUGAAGAGGUUGUAUAAACUGGGAGCGCAGAAGAUCAUUGUAUUUGAGAUUGGAAUAAUUGGGUGUUUUCCGAGCAUAACAAAUGCAGUAGAUUUCAGCACAGUUUGCAUGGAAGUAAACCAGCUCCUAUUGGAAUACAAUCGCCUGCUUUCACUUCUAAUGGAUCUAUAUGCAGUUACUAAAACCAGAAGUUUGCUGCAUUGUCUCGAUGUAGUGUCUGGAAUUAUCAAAUCCUGCAGGAACAAGACAAUUAACCACAGAGGGCUGGUUCUGAUGGUUUACCAAGAGUGGGGUCUUUCGUGCAUCCGCUUCUUCACAGUCAUGGUUCUUCAAUAUUCUCUAGUAGCAUGGAUGGGCAAUGAUACUGGCUCUUUCGAUGCUUUUGAACAGGUUGGUUUCAAAAUUUUCGUAGGGGUCACUGCUUCUGUAAUGAAUUGAGAUGCUGAUGGAACUAGUUGCAGUCUUGUUUUAGAGGGCAACCCAACCCUCUGGUAUCUUUUUCUUUCCAGAUUUGGCGCCAUUUUUUUUCUGCUUGUUUAAGCUCCUUUAAUGGUGAUUUGGUAGAUGGGUGUCUGCUAAAUGUGGAAAAAAGCAGAAGCCCACAUGCUAAAUUUCUUUAGUUCAUCUUUCAUGCAUUACAGGAAGCUUUUUGCAGUUGAUUUCUCUAUUUCUGCGUGUUUUUUUUUUCUUUUUCCUCUGUUUUAGAUGAUAAUCUGUGAGAUAUACAAGGACAGUAGAAAAACCAGAGCCCAGAUCAAAAUAGCGUCUGGGUGUUUCAUCUUCUACAUUUUUACGCAUCUCCGAUGAGUGAACGAAGGUUCUUAGCCGUUGAUUUCUCUGUUUCUUAGUGGUUUCUUUCUUUGAUUGAGGUCCUUCAAAGCUUCCAUGUAGACUUGUAUCUAUCAAAUAUAUUAAACAUCUAAAAAAACUGAAGGCCAUCUUCUUCCAUUUACUUCCAUAUCUGUUGCAUGAGAGAACGUUCUAAGCAAUGGAUACUUUGUUUCUGCAUGUUUUCUUUGCCUUUGUUUUAAGCUCUUUUCAUGGAAUCAUGUUAAUGAGUGUCCGUCAUAAAGAGUAGAAAAACAUAAGCCCCUAUCAAAAUAGCAUCUGGGUGGUUGUUCUACAUUAUCACUAGACUGGAAUCCUCUGAAACACUGCAUAAAACACCAGAGAUCUUUGGGGCACACCAUGUUGUAUAUGUUAGAUCCUGAGUACACUCUAGAUAUUAGGCCAUGGGGCCAAAAAUCAGCCAGAUUCAUAACUGGGGUGGGCCACAAUGGUGGGUAUCUCACAUCGAACAUAUUCAUCGGGUUGGAAUCACAAGGAUGAAGUGAAGAUACAAAAAUCAGCCUGAUACAAAGCUCAGGCGAGCUACAACCUGUGAAUUUAGAGGUUUUAGGCACAAUUUUACA